GUUAGUACCGGUACCGGCACCGGUAUCUGCCUACCUUUAUAGCAGGCAGGCAGGAGGCGCAGGCGCGGCCACAGUGUCUGGUGGACGAGUUUAUAAUUAGUGUUGACGUGGCCCUCACUGAGUUCCACGUUAUUAUUAUUAGUUUAUCGACGUGGCGGCCCAGAAGUGCAUAAUAACAUGUGAAGGUCUAUAAGACAAACUGAAAACCUUUGGAAAAAAUAAGCCCCUGAGAGACGGACGAUUUCCAAGAAACACUUGGCCUUAGACACAGUAAUAGUGGAUAUUUCUACUGCACGAUGGCAAAUGCACAGGAAACAACGACUGCCCGAGACAUUCUUACUGCCAUUCAGAAAACACAGGUGAAAAUCAGACCAAGCCCCGAGUCAUCCCAUGCUGCUGGGCUUGGAAUCAGCAUGGACGAAUGCUACCCAGGAAUCUACAUCGGUGACCUGGGUGCAGCAAAGAACAAGGGAUUCUUGAAAAAAAUGGGGAUCACUCAUGUACUGAACACAGCUCAAGGUAGUAAAUUUGCCACUGUGGACACUGAUGCUGAUUAUUAUAGAGAUGCUGGCAUUAAAUACAUGGGCAUGAAACUGUUGGACUUUCCCUCAGCCAACAUAACGCAGUAUUUUGAUAGCGGGGCCAUGUUUAUUGAAGAAGCUCUGAGUGGGGGAGGGAAGGUCCUGGUGCACUGCUUCAUGGGCAUCUCACGUUCAUCCACCAUAGCAUGCGCAUAUCUCAUGCUGAAGAAGAGGAUGUCCGCUGUUGAGGCCAUUCAAACUCUGCGCCAGAACAGGGCCAUAUAUCCCAAUGACGGGUUCCUCCAACAGCUUGCGGAUCUGGACAACAAGCUUAAGAAGGAGCGGAGCAAUCUUUAGCAGCUCCUUCAGCAGCCAACAAGCUACACUGCAGGAAGCUCAGAUGGAAAAAAGGAAGAUUAAAGACUGGCAUGAAUAAAUGUUCUUGUCCUACAUAAUGAGCACUAGGAAUUUAUGAAGGCUGAUUUAAGGCCUAAUUUUGUCAUAAUCUUAAAUGGCAACAGUAGGUAUGAAAAGCCACUUUGUUGGUUAAAAGGGAUUGAUAAUGGCAGAUGAGAUUUUGUCCAUCCAUAUUGGUCUUAAUGCUUUUUGAUGAAACUGGAGUUAUUAAGUGUAAACAUGUGCAUGUUUUGAUAAAAGCCCAUAUUGGAUAGGUUAUCUUUUGAGGGACUAAAACUAUAGCUUUCUCUGACUAGGCUUAGUGAAAUACAAAUUGGUCCCAGGUCUAUUGUGUCAUUUAUGAGCCUCUGAGCUACCAGAUAAUAUUGGUUGCUGUGCACUGUAGUAUAAGAUAAAUUUGAAAUCACAUAACAUCUCAGUCUUCUGUUCAUUAUAACUCCUAUACUUAACUUGGGCAUAUCUCCAAUAAAUCAAAACAACUUCAUUGAUAAUUGGUCAGAGUUUGGUAUAUGUUUAGCGAGUCCCUGACUGAGGUAUGCCAGUUUUAUGUAAGGAAAGUUUUGCCUGUCAUAAAAGUGUUCCCAAUGUACUGUAAUAAGUUGUAAUCUACAUAGGUUAGGUAAGUUGCAUUAUGUAGGUGAUAGGGUUUAUUAUAUUUUACACAUUUUUAACCAGCAGUCUUUGUAACUACAGACCCACAGUACAUCACAACUGCAAUAGUGAUAAAAUACAGGAAUUCAGUAGAGUACUUUAGUCUUUCACAUCACUUGUCAAUUUCAUAUAGUUUUUAUUUUUAUUUUUAUUUUUUAUUGUUUUACAUAUACAAAUCAGAUGAUGUUAUAGUUUAUAUUGUAACUUUAUACAGGGAGGAUACUUCUCCCUGACCAGAAUUAUCACAGUAUAAGAAAUUAACUGAGUGGUUUCCUGAAUAGCAAGUAGUGCUGAACGGGCAUAAAAUAGUUGUCUUGAAAAAUCAGAUAGAAACAAUAUAAAUAGAGGAACAAUAAGCAAUAGAAAUAGCCAUUUGCAUUAUGUGUUGUAUCUGCAUACUAAAAGAACUAUCAACAUUAAGAGAGUAUUUACAAUAUUUAUUCGUCGUAUAUCAUAACAGCCACUUAAAAUGAAAUCCGCCCUCGCCAUCAACAGGCCGGGGCCAUCCACUGGGCCCCCCAAGAGAGCCUUCCACUUUUUUGGGCAGCACAUAAAAAUAUGGAGGGGGAGAGAUUUUAAUUAAAAAGAUUUAAUAGCAGUGAAGAUUUUGUUAUGUGUGAUGAAGUAUAUUCUAAUGUUUCAAUAAUGCCGUUGCCUCUGCAACUUUAAUGAUGACUUACUCCAGUUAUUGAUAAUCAAGUUAGAAAAAAAUGAUAAUAAAAUGCAAAGUUCCAUGGUCCCUUUAAGCUGAUAAUGCUGGCAGACAUUUGUGGGUCCCUUUUUGAUGCAUAAAACUUCCACGGAACAGUUGCAGAGAAGAUUGGAAAUCCUUUACAUACUUAAUUCAUAUCUGAAAUUGUAAUCAUUAGACAUGCCCGAUGUUGUGAGUUCAAACUAGCUGUCUUUUAUCCCCAGACUAACUCUAUAUGGGGUGCAGAGACCUGUUUUGUGUGACUGGUCAGUUGCUUUAAGUUUGGGGUAGGUUGUAGUGUAUUAUGUUUGAGAUCAUUUUUCUUUUUACAGCUCGAAACAUUCUAUAUUCUUCUUUUGGUAAAAACUACCAGGCGCAAACAUAAAUGAGUUGUUUUAUUUUCACAGUUCUGUGAUUGGAUGAUCAUAAAUAUGUUAGGUUGGUAGGGUAAAUAAGGGUUUUGUCUGUCAUUCUGUUACAUACAUAUUUAGCCCAUCACUUGCUGAAUUAAUGUAUACCUUCCCCUCAUUUGGGUUAUACCCUUUGUUCCCACCUUUAUGUUUUUUUAACUUUCAUAUAAAAAAAAGUUAUCCAUGGCUGUUAUAAAAAUAAGUGUGUAUUUUUUACAUACUGGAGUUUUUUUUUUUUUUUUUUUUUUUUUUUUAAUAUUACUUAAUUCCAAUAUACCAUUGGUCUAGUUUUAUUCAUCAACAUUUUUGGAUGAAGUGCUUUAACUGCUUCUUGCUGAUAUGCUCAAACUGCCACAUUGAUUACAGUUGUUUGUCAUGUAGUUCAUAGAUUGGUUUAUAUAUAUAUCAACUAUUGUUUCCUCAGUUUGUUCAUUCCUGAUAUUUUCAGUGGGUUUUUCAUAUUUUGGGGUGUUACUUUUAUUAUAAAUCAUGCUCCUCUAAAAUUCACACCAUGAAACAGCCACUUGUUAUCUGUGAAGGAAUCACAACUAACUCUAAGGGUAUUUUCUUAGCUCAUAAGAGUCCCUCACUGUCACCCCAUGGAGGGCCUGGGGGUGCACCUCUCUACUUCCUGUUCUACAUACACACACCAUAGUACUGUUCAGGACCUACCAUCCUUUUAGCAGAUUGCUCAACACAAAAUGAAUCUUAUUACUAUGUUUUAUUGCAGCUACUAGAUGUGGUAUGUAGUGAUUUUCAUUGUAAUUACAAAAUGAGUAUUUGAUAUAUUGGUUAUAAACCUAUAUCUACAAUUGAGAUAUUUUUAGACAUAUCCCUAUGUAAAUCAUAUAUAUAUAUAUAUAUAUAUAUAUAUAUAUAUAUAUAUAUAUAUAUAUAUAUAUAUAUAUAUAUAUAUAUAUAUAUAUAUAUAGAUAUAUUGUCAUCCCAGUUUUGAAGGGCUGCACACAGUUAGUCAGUGUGUAUACUGUUCAAGCAUUAUCAUAUCACAUUGCAUCAGUGAAAAAAAAGGUGAUAUUUUGUGACAUGUUUUCAGUGUUAUAAAUUUUUAUAGAGCUAACUGUAUUGUAAGGAAGCAGAACUACUGAUUUUAUAUUUAUGAAUCAAUUAUUAUAAAUAUCACAGUAGUAGUAUUGAUAAUAGGAUAUUUUUUAUGGCUGAAAGAUGUAUAAAUACUAGCAGAGUUUAAUCAAUCUGGUGAGUGUUACAGCAUAUGAAAAAUGUUGAACCAGUUAACAAUACAAUUAGUGCAAAAAAAUUGUUAUGCUUCUGUAGCUAAAUAUUAUGAUUUACGUUUUUUUUUUUUUUUUUUUUAUGUUUUGUACAUGUUUAUUUACUCAAUUACCUGGUACUUACUCAUUUUUUCAAGUUUUAAUAACCAAGGCUUAUUCAGAGAAGAAUUACCAAUGAACAGAACCAGUUACUUGACAAAAUUGCAUUAGAGCAAGGUGUACUAGUGUCAACAGAUAGUUUUUUUGCAUAAUCUUUUUUUAUCAUUUUAACAUUUUCUAGUGACAUCCAUGCCCCAUGUGCAUUUUGAUCACUUGUGAAUGGGUCAGUUCACAAGUAUUGCUGUUGCUGGUAAUCCAGCAGAUAAACCUUUUUGUAAUACUCAUGCAAUAAGUUGUCCAAUGCGUUUGCUGCAGAAGGUGUAAGCAAAGUGGUCACAAUUUAUUUGUCUCCACUCUGGUGUGCUCUUUUCUUUCUGAAGUCCAUCUUUAUCACAUUUUGUAUUUAAUAACUUAUUGUUUAAUAUCAGUAAAGCUUGUGGCAAGGACAAAAAUCUUGGAAAAUUUCACAUACCUUUUUAGCGUAGUACAGAACAAGGGCGGGUUCUGUUAAGAACUUACAGCGGAUUUGAUUAGCCCACGGUGCUACAGAUUCAUUCAACACGAGUACAUGGCAUUGUCGAUACCUUUGCAGAAGGACAAAGGUUCAUAUCUUUAAAGUUGCUUGUGCUCCCUGUCUUACCUUAUUGCUGUGAGACAUGGACACUAAAUAGUGGCUUGAAGAGUCAAACUGAUGCCUUUGGUAAUCUGUGUAUUCACAUCGCUGGAAUGAUUGUGUUAAAUCAACAAUGAAUAGAGGCCUAUUACCUGUAUAGUCCGUAAACACCAAUUAUGGCUAUAUGGGCAGGUUACAUGCUACCCAGGAGUCACCAGUUUUUCAGUAAGAGAUGAUCCCAAGUGAAAGAGGCCAAAGGGACACCCACAAAGCUUGCAAUGAGCAAGUUGAUGGAUCCUGCCAUGAGAUACUUAGAAUAGGAAGGUGUCCUGCAUGGAGUCUUACUCAAAGAGAUCCCCAGGGAUGGUGUCUUAGGGUGGAUGAGAAAAUGCUCCUCUUGAUUUAUACUCAGAUUGAUUGAUUGUACAAUACAACACGUAUUCAUAAAACUGCUUUGCCAGAUUAAGUAAUUUUUUUAAACUGUGUGUGUGUGUGUGUGUGUGUGUGUGUGUGUGUGUGUGUGUGUGUGUGUGUGUGUGUGUGUGUGUGUGUGUGUGUGUGUGUGUGUGUAUAUGCUUGCACACCUGCCUGUUUGUUUUGCAUGCAUUGUUUAGUGUAUAAAUUGUGUGUGUGUGUGUGUGUGUGUUUGUUCUUGUGUACACAUGCAUGUUACAUGUCCAUGCAUGUGCAUGUAUCCCAUUUUGGUGGUUCAAGUUUGUGCCUGUUGUCAGCUGAUUUUUUAAAGAACUUUACUAAAGGUGAACAUUGACACUUGGAAAUUAAAAGAAAAUUAUGGUUCCUUUCAUGUUUAUGGAAGGAUUGUUGUUUCUGGAAUUUGUAGCGCAGUUGGCAGGUUUACCGUUUACUGUUGACGAGGUUUCAAGUCCCGCUCCACUGCCAGCACAGCGCUCCGCAGAGCCAUCAACAAUUACGAUGUCAGCCUCAAAAAAAAAUCCUUGAUGCACUUAUCUGCAAUGUUGUAGUGAACAACAAUAUCAGAUUUACUUUUCAUUUAACUCUUACAACACUCUUCUCUUUGUUUGUAAAUAAUAAGUUUCCUUAACUUGUCUUUAGUUUGUUUUAGAAGUUUUAUUAACCAGUCCAAGUAAUUAAACAUUUGUUGAAAACAACUUCUCUGUCAAAAUCAUGAAGUAAAAUUUAAUUCUGCUUGUGAUAUAUUUAGUGAGACAGUAGACUGAAUAUCUUUUAUAUAUGAAGUAAAUGAAUUAUAUUUUUAAUAAUUUAGUAUCUAUUAUAAUUUUUGCUUUAUUCCAGAAAGUUCCAGUUAUGCUUAUUGGAAGUAAGUACUGGUAUUGUGCACAGGAUUUCAUGUAUUGUAACAUUUUUAAGGAUUUGCAUUUUUGGGGUAACUUAAGCCCACUAAUUGGGUAGUGUUGUAGUCCUAGAGCUAGAAGAAUAUAAUGGCCCUAUGGUGUGUGUGUGUGUGUGUGUGUGUGUGUGUGUGUGUGUGUGUGUGUGUGUGUGUGUGUGUGUUUACCUAGUUGUAUUUAUCUUGGAUAACAGGAAAUUAGCCACUCUUGUUUGGGCCCUGUUUGUGUUUCACUCGGUCAAACUUACUAACUCUGAAUUAAUUCAUCGAGGCCAGUCCCCAUUUCAGUUUAUCUAUAUGGAAACCUAUAGUCCUUGAUAUGCUUCAAGCACCUUAUCUUGUUAAGUUUCUUUCCAUGUCCUCUGUCCUCUUGUUGUGACCUCAACCCGUACUACCAGAUCUUUAUCAAUUUUGUCUAUUUUCAUCAUUCCUCUGAGCACUGGAAUCAUGCCACCUUUUUUAUCUUUCUUUCAAGGAUGCCAGCCUCAUUUUUUUCCAGUCUCUUUGUACAAUAAAUCUUUCAGACUGAAGAUCAUCUUGGUUGUUGCUCCUUGUUUUUUUUAAUAUCUUGUUCAUAUAUAUUUUACAUGGAGAUCAUACUACUACUACAUAUUCCGACCUAGAGACAGUCAGAACUUAUAUUAAUUUCUUCAUCGCAUCCACUCUUAUGUUUGUCAACACUUUACAAGUUUCUCCCAACAUUCAUUUAAAUGGGCUCUUUGGGCAACAAAUUAUCCAAGACCAACACUAUCAUGUUCUUUACUUAUUUUGUAUUUGUGAUUUGUUCACUGUGAAGUGAGUAGCUAAGUGACAGCCUCAGUAUUACAUUUACCCAUUUCCAAUAUGUAACAUUUUUUUUGUUGUAUUAAAUUAAAUUUCCUACGCCUGAUUUCUUUCAAACAUCCUCUUCUUGCAUUGUUUCACAAAUCUCUUCCUAUUUUACUUCCUUCCUGAUAUUAGCAUCAGCUGCAAAGAUGAUCACAUAUCUCAUUGUUCCAACCACCUUGUCAUUUGCAUGAAUCAGAAACAUUGUGGAUGCCAGCACCAGACUUAGUGAGAUUCCACUCAUUACUUCUCUCCAUUCUGAUAUAAUGUUCUUUAUUUGUGUCAUAUGCCACUUUUUUUUUUCAGGAAGUCCCUCAUCCACUCUAGAUAAUUCCCCUACAUCUCCAUAUAUGUUCAAACUCCCACAAUUAUUGUCAUUUAUGUGGUACCAUAACAAAGGCUCUUGCCAGGUCUAGGUACAUACAAUCAUCCAUCCAUCUCUUCUGUAGCAUGUCAACCUCCUUUGAAUUGUAACUCAAUAAAUCAGACACUUUGUCUUCCAUUUCUGAAUCCAAACUGGCAAAACACCCAUAUAUCCAGAUAUUUUGUGCAUGUCUUGAAAUUUCAGUUUUAUUUACCUAGUUGUAUUCACCUCAUAGUUAACAAGAUUGAACCAUACCUUUUUGCAUUCAUGUGUGUGUGUAUGUGUGUGUGUGUGUGUGUGUGUUCUUGUGUGCAUGCAUGCUUGCAGGCAUGUAGAUGUGGGAAAAAUUUUGAUGAUUCAUGAAAGUGUAUUGUCUUAUAAUUAUUACAAAUAUAGGAUGCACAGUUAACAUUUGAAUAACCUCUUUAAAGUGUAAAUGUAAGUAACGAACAAAGAAAAUUUGUAUGUCUACAGCUUUGAUGUGAUGUAGUUAAGUGCUGAAGCUGUGUGCUGUUGUGCAGGCAUGUGGAGUGGGUUUUGAUCCUAAUGUUGUAAAGUGAGGUAUCUAGAUAGCGUGAAUAUUGUACACACAUACUUUGUUGGUGUGAGACAGAGUAUUAUGAUAUGCUACCGGAAUUAUUUGGUGGAAUUCAUAAUAACCAAUUCAUUUUAAUUUUCACAUGAGUGUUGUUGGUAUUGGAUUUAUUUCAACUUCACAAUUCUGUUAAGUGGAUAAAAUCGUGUUAUAUUUUUUCCUUUACAAAUGACGAUACUUUUGAUCCUCAUAUUUGUGUUGUAAUGGCUUAUCUUCAUAAACUAGAUUCUUUUGUUGGAAAGAAUGCAUGUAACAUGGUAUAUGCAGGGGAUGACUGGAAACCUAAAUAGAAGUCUCCCCGAAGAGGAAUAUAUUUCAAUAAAGGAUGCAGAGCUA